CUCUCGCUCGCUAUUCACUCGCGUGCUAUUCUCACCCAUACACCAUACGAUACGAGGAUAUUGCCGCUGGGCAUGCCCGCAUCAAUCGCAGAAAGACCCUCUGGAAGGAGAUAACGAAAACGAACACUUGAUGCCGGCAUCAUUACUACCGAACGUGAAAAAGCAAAGGUGAUGACGGGUGAGCACUGCGCUGAAGAUUUGCACGAAAAGAAAGGGGAGCUGAACCCCGGUUUCGAACAGGAUGAACCUAAGAGGAAGGUGAGCAUCGCCUCGUCUCCGACCAUUGACGGCAAUGAUGAAAGGCAGAGAAAAAUCAGCAGCUCGUCGAACCAGAGCAAACCAAAGAGCAUACUAGUGAACAAUGACAAUUUCAGCCACCUCUCAUCACAUGAAGCUGACGGCAGGACGUUUUCGAUCUACAGCGGCGAUGAGAACAGAAGACAAUCGAUGGCGUAUGACCAAGGUGUCCCUGCCGAAGAAUCUUGGUGGUUCCUUUUGUGCACGAAAUGCCGGCAGAAGGAGACCGGCCCCGGUUGGGAGCCGCCUCACUGGCAAACGUUCUGCCCUUACCCGUUUUGCCCGACGUACAGACACAUGGCCCGCGUCUUCUCGCUGUUUUUACUCGGUAUUCUAGCCUGGGGAGUCAUCUACGCCAUCAUCGGCUCUGAUGCAGCGCCUGGAGGCCAGCUUUUCGACAUAGCGGUGCUCUGCAUCGCGGCCCACUUCGGCGGAUGGAUCUUCCACAUGGCGACCAUGCCGCCCCUCGUCGGGAUGCUGGCCGUCGGCAUACUCUACCAGAAUGUAGGCCUGAUCAACGUUCACGGAAAAUACAACGGUGUAAUUUCAGAAUUAAGAAAAGUCGCCCUUGUAGUCAUUCUAACGAGAGCCGGCCUGGACCUUGAUGCAGGAGCGAUGAAGAGAUUGUGCGUCACCGUCCUCAAACUGGGCAUCGUUCCUUGGAUUGUCGAGUGCCUUAUCGUGACGGCACUUUCUCACUAUUUCCUCGACCUACCCUGGAUGUGGGGGUUGCUACUCGGGUCGAUAGUGGCUGCAGUUUCGCCGGCAGUGGUGGUCCCGUGCUUAAUCAGGCUUCGCAACAAAGGCUACGGAGUCGCUAAAGGGAUACCCACUCUCAUCAUUGCCGUAUCCGGUAUCGAUGACGCACUGUCCGUCGCCGCCUUCGGCAUCAUACACAGCGCUAUGUUCUCAUCAAAUUCGCUUGCUUACGAAAUCCUCCUCGGCCCUCUAUCGAUUCUGAUCGGACUCGGUUUCGGCUUUGCCUGGGGCUAUCUAGCCAAAUACGUCCCAGAAAAGGAAGAUCCUUUUGUCGUCCCACUUAGGAUCAUGAUGCUCCUUGGAGGUGGUUUGAUAGCCAUUCUGGGAAGCGAACUGCUGGAAUUCGGCGGUGCAGGACCUCUCGGCUGCAUCGCAGCGGCAUUUAUCUCCUGCUACGGCUGGUCGAAACAAGGCUGGGACGUCGAAGACAACCCCGUGGCGACUGCUUUCGAAAUAUUUUGGAUGAUUUUCGAGCCGAUCCUUUUCGGACUGACUGGGACCCAGAUUAAAAUCAACGAGAUGGACGGCUACAUGGUCGGCAUUGGGGCAUCCAUCUUGGUCGCCGGUAUUCUUUUAAGGAUAAUUAUAACGUGCCUCAUUGCCGUAGGAUCAAAGCUGAACAUCAAAGAGAAAAUAUUCUGUGCUCUUUCAUGGAUGUCCAAAGCGUCCGUUCAGGCGGCGCUCGGUCCCGUGGCGCUGGACAUCGUUCGUGAACGGGGUAUCGACGAGUCUGUCUACGCCCAAAAAGUGCUCACGAUCUGCGUCAUGUCGAUCAUAUUGACGGCACCGAUCGGGGCGAUACUCAUCACGAUGACAGGAUCCAAGCUGCUCAAUAAGACUAGCGAGCCGAUCAUCAUGGAAGGGUGGAGGCGGUCUGCCCGCCCCUCGCUCAGGGACAUAACAAUUUUCACGGAGGAUUUCGACGACAUGGAUGAUUCGCGGUCUAUCGAACGGCCAUCGAUCGUCGUCUCUGACCAGCCGAUGAAUGUGUCGUGAGGUCCUGUGUCAAACAAGGCGGAUGACAUGUUGAACUUCAAUUAGACUUAUUAUAGUGUUUAAAUUGCUAAAAAAAACGCCAUUUAACUAAAAGAUUCUAUAACGCAAAUUGCGAAGGAAACCAAAAAUGUCUAUGAUCGGAAUACGGUAAAAACACCUUCACAUUAAACAAUAAACAAAAAAUCUGAAAAAUUAAAUGAAUCUCAUUUGCCAUCCCAUGUUAUGAGAUAUUUUGGCAGUAGCAUUAGUUCUGAACAAGAUCUAUUAUUUGUGGAAAUGUUGGACUGUACAUGUAAAACAGAUUUGCAAUAAGGCCUAUACCUGUAGAAAAUAUUUUACGCAUCAAUAUCUUUUUAGUUAAGAAAUAUUACGACCAUACCUAUACCCCUUUACCACAAGCGUAAAUCCAGAAAGCGAUAAUUAAUUUAUAUUUUAUCACAAAAGUUAAAAUUGCGGUCUAAUAGUCUAAUAAUUUGCAUUAAUUAUUUAAAUUGAGAAGUUAUCCCAUCCGAUCUUUUAAGCCUGUCAAACUGGCUGUUACAUUAAAACUGUGCCUCUGUGUUUACGCUUGUCAAACAAACAAUCCGAAUUAAACCAAUAUUGGAACAGCCUUUUAAUAGAAUAGGAUAACAGUUAAUUAUCGAUUUAUCAUUGUUCAUCACAAUUCCUGUUAAACGGACUAGCGCCCUCGAUAAAAACUUACCAUUUCGAUGCUGCUAAUCCAAAAAGUAGUUAUGAAAACAUAAAUGAAGUUCUUUGUUGUUAGAACAACGAACAUAUACAAAUUUUUAUUAUACAUUCGGGUAGAAGUAUUUUUUGUAACCAUAUAGUUACCUUCGUUUCCAAAGAGAAAUGUUUGUAUAAACUAUUUUUAACAUUGUAAAUUUGUGUAAAUAAAUCAUGCGAGUUAUAUGGUAGACUUAGUAAUACAACUUACGUACUGCAGGUGUAGGUAUAAGUAUUUUUUAAAUAUAAUCUAAUCAAAUUCUUUAGAAAAUUUAGUUUGUGCAAAAGUUCAGUUCUUUUUUUAAAGACACUGUAUUUUUACUUGAAAUAAAGUUGAUGUUAGUCUCA